CCUGCUUCAUUGCAGUUCUACCUUCAUCGGGUGCACAUCACAGCGCCCUAAUCUAGCGAAGAGGCUAAUUAUACCAAUUAAUCUCUGUGAUACUGGUUUGCAAGCUGGAAGGGCGGCUGUCGAGCACUUGAUAAGAUUAGUCGUAAUCGUGCUGGCGGUUGGAACGAAUCGCGUUGUUAGUUGUUGGUUAGUGGCCGUCGAGAACGAUGGUACGAUCGUUUGUGCACGCGUUUUGCGUAUUCGUUGCGGUGGUGGCGGUAGCGGCCGAUACUGAGGAUGGGUUUGUGGUAGUUCAAACGGGGAAUGGCCCAAUAAGGGGAGUUAAGCGCGGCGCAUAUUAUGCGUUUGAGGGCAUACGUUAUGCUAAGGCGCCACUCGGUGAGCUAAGGUUGGCCGCCCCAGAACUCAAUGAAGACCAGUGGGAGGAGCCACGUGAUGCGUUGGAACAGGGACCGGAUUGCAUGCAGUGGAGUCACUUUGAGGAAGGCGAAGAUCGGACAACCGGGGAAGAGGAUUGUCUCUUUUUGAACAUCUAUACGACUUCGUUGGACAACGCGGAUCCCUUGCCGACCAUCUUCUUUAUCCAUGGUGGGGCGUUCAUGUUCGGUGGAAAGAGUUUCUAUGGGCCCGAUAAUAUGAUGAAGAGUCCCUUGGUGCUGGUUACAAUCAACUACCGUUUGGGACCGCUAGGGUUCCUUAGCAUGGAAGAUGAUAUAAUUCCUGGAAAUUUCGGCUUGAAGGAUCAGUCCACUGCACUGAGGUGGGUUCGACAGAAUAUUAUGAACUUUGGUGGACAUCCGGAUAGCAUCACACUUUCCGGAUAUUCAGCCGGGUCGGCUAGUGUUCAACUUCACUACCUAUCGCCGAUGUCCCGUGGCCUUUUCAAGAAUGGUAUUGGUCACAGUGGAUCUGCGUUGAACCCUUGGGUAAUGGCUGAGAACUCUGCGGAAAAAGCCAAAACCAUUGCGGCAACUGUAGACUGUCCGACUGAUUCCAGCAAAGCAAUGUUGAAGUGCCUGAGACAAAAACCAGCUCGAGAUGUGGUACGAGCCGUGGCACCUUUCUUCGAUUUCUUGUACAAUCCGUUUUCGCCCCUCGGAGUCGUCAUUGAGAAACAGUCCAAAAACAACCCAAGGCCGUUCUUGCACAGACAUCCUUACAAAUUAAUGAAUGCUGGAAAAUUCCAUCAAGUUCCUUUGUUGCUCUCAGUUAAUGAAGCAGAGGGAUUGUACCCGGGUGCUGAAUUUAUCAGCAAACAGGAAUACAUGGACUUCAUCAACAAGAACUGGAACCAGGUAUUGCCAAGCAUUUUAGAUUAUCGCACUUCCAUGGAGAAAGACGAAACUCGACGGGAUGAGAUAAGCCAGACCAUCAAGAAGCGGUAUCUGGGAAGAAAAAUGCUCAGCGAUAACAGUUUCCGCGAUUUCAUUCGGAUAAUCUCAAACAGGCUGUACUUCGCUGGUGUGAUUCGUUCGGCACAGCUGAUGCAGUCCCAUGCUCCCGUCUACCUGUACUACGAUGCUUAUAAGACCAAGUUCGCCAUCGGUGAGUAUCUGUCCAAUUCGACGAAGAACUACGGCGUGGCGCACGGCGAAGAUGUCCUACUGUUGUUCAACACCGAGUGGCGGGAGGACAUACCGUUCACCAAAGAAGAACUCCUGAUGUCCAAGCGGUUCGUGGAGAUGUAUGAGGACUUUGCACGGACCGGGGUGCCCAAGUUCGGUGACAUCGAGAUACCCCAAAUGGACAAGGUGGACAUGGUACGCUUCCUGGAGGUGAACUACCCCAAGAGUGAGGUGAAGCUUUCGCGACAGCUUAGCGACGAGAACUUUUGGAAUCAGAUCGAUUUUAAUGACGGAAUGCCGGUGGCAGCACCACCUGCGCCCGUCAAAACCGAACUGUGAUGGUUUGGAUGCUAAGAUCAUUUUCUAGGAUAGAUACGGAAAUAAAACGAGCGUCGGGUCCAAUUAUUGAGUGGGUCAAUAAA